AUGUGCCCCCAGUUUGAGCGGGAACAGCGAGAAUACCAAAACAAUGUCGAGCGCUGGGAGCUUGAUCCUUUGUCGGGCCGUAUAGAUCCAAGCCGUGCUAUCAAGGCUUUUCAUCGGCCAGCGGCAGGCAACGAGCAGGCGUUGCCCUCGGAUGUGAGACCGCCGCAUGUGCUUGUGUCGACGCUCGACUAUCUGUUGGACUACAUACUUUGCGGCGGGGAUGCUCUGGAGCUGACCCAUGGCUUUAUACGUGAUCGCACUCGGUCCAUACGACAGGAUUUUACCCUGCAAAACAAUCGUGGCCCUGAGGCUAUCCUAUGUCAUGAGCGUAUCGCCAGGUUCCACAUCCUCAGUCUGCAUCUGAUGCGUGCCGUCACGGGCUUUAGUGAGCAGCAAGAGACUGAACAACUUCGCAAGACACUACAAUCAUUGGCCGAAUACUACAUUGAACAACGGCAACUUGGUCAGUGUUCGCCAUGUGAAGCUGAGUUCCGCGGUUACCACAUUCUGACGCGUAUCCGAGAUCCAGAUGUCCUCAGGCAAGUCCAGACUUUGCCUCCUGAAAUCCGAAAAUCCAAGCAUGUUCAGCUCGCCCUGCGCUUGUACAGUCUUGCCCAGCGCAGCAACGAAGAACUUGGCCGGUUCAAGGCACCCAAUUGCGAAGGCUCGCAGAAUCUUUACGCGCGGUUCUUUAAGCUUCUGGGAAGUUGUUUCACAGACUACCUGUCUGCAUGUUUGUGCGAAACGCAAUUCACUGAAGUCCGUAAAGGAGCCCUUAAAGCGAUGCGGAAAGCGUUCAUGCCUCAGCAGAGUGGCAUCCUCGUCAAUGAUAUGGCGUACACGCUAGGUUUCGAUGACGCAGAAGAAGUGCAAGAGUUCUUGGAACAUUUUGGCGUCGCUACAACCUUAGACGACAACGGAUUGCAGCGUGUUGAGCUGCACAAGAAUGUACCCUUUGACGAGACGGAUGUCUUUACGUUACAAACGAUGUCUAAAAGAAUAGUCGAGGCCAAAAGGAAUGCGACGCCGCUGAAUGAGAUUGUGCGUGGA